AUGUCUCCAAAUCCGCUAAAGCAAACCGACAAGUUCACACCCAUAUCCACCAUCAUUACCAAAGAGUUUUUGCAAAAUGCGUUAAAGAUGGAGGCGAAAGGUGGUUCUGUACCUGAAAUAGUUACUCAUUUUGCCACCCUCGGCACCCAACCGGGCGAUAAUUACAUGAGCGUCAUUUACUCCGUUGAUGUCGACUUAUCGGACGGAACCAAGCGUUACCUUCUGAUUAAAUGUUAUCCCAGCCAUCCCGCCAGACAAGAGUUUACAAACAAGAUGAAUAUGUUUUUCAAGGAGUGUGAAGUGUACUCGAAGUGGAUUCCGGCAUUGACAAGAAUAAAGUCAGAAGUGUUUGGUUUUGAUAAGGAGGAAGCUGUUAAGUUGCCCUACGCGAAAUUCGUGCAUGGUGAAUGUAUCGAUUUUCAGUCGGAGGAAGGCAAGCUUCGAAAAUCCGGACCGAUCAGUUCACUCGAUAAUUACAUCAUUAUGGAAGAUCUCCGAAAAACGCACGGGUUUCGAAUGACUAAUCGUCUCGAACCUCUCGACCUUGACCAUAUGCGUCUCAUUAUUGAAGCCUUGUCGAAAGUACAUGCAAUGAGUUGGGCGUAUCGUCACCAUGUGGAGUCAGAUAUUACAGAAAAGUUUCCCUGCUUGGUUACUAAUGUGUCACGUGAAGAUUUUGCAGCCUGGGACAAUGUUAUCCUUGCCAGUCUAGAACAGGCUAAGGGAAUUUUUGACAAAGAGUUUGGCCCUAAAAAUGAUUAUUCUUCGGCCCUUGAUAAAUUUGCCGGCAUGGUUGGCAGGGUGUCUGAAAUGUUCACUGGAGAAAGGACUGCUGCCGGAUGGGCAAAAUUGAUGCGUGUUAUAGAACCAGAUCCGAAUAAGUUUGGAAAAGAUGCUGACAACCCAGAACCUUGGCGAAUCAUAUGUCACGGAGAUUGCUGGAGCAAUAAUAUGCUUUUUCGGUAUGACCAAGACACCGGAAAACCGCUGGAAGUCGUCCUCGUUGACCUCCAGGCCCCACAAGAAACAUGCGUCGUAAAUGACCUCGAAUAUGUUUUUCAUGUCUGUACGACUCUCGCUUUGAGAAGAUCGCAUCUAGACGACCUCCUCCAACUUUACCACGACACGUUCAACGACAUUUGUACAAAAUUUAGGACGCCCACACUGCCCGGAUUUUGCAUGGACUCGCUCCGAUUUCGGUUUCAUCGGGCAAAGUUGUUUGGCUACUACAUGGCCCUGAUGGGGCUUCCAAUUAUGCUGAAUGAGGGUGAAGUUCGCAACAUGGAAGACUUGGAGGAGUGGAAAGAUAUCACGGAUGCAUUCAUUGAAAUAUGUGCAGAUACGGCUGGAACUAAUCGUCUCGUUAAGGAGAGGCUUAUCGAAACCACGAAAGGAAUGAUUGAGGACGGUGUCUUUUAAGCUUAAUAGUGAAAAGUUCACAUAUUUUCAAGUUGGAUUGUUCAAUUAUAUUUUACUAAUUGUUCAAUUAUUGAAUGCAUACUAUAAUUCUUUAAUAUACAAACAUUGAAGUUUUUAUUUACUUGUUAGAAAGAUUUUAGUUAUAAAAAUAUAUUGAGCCAUUAGUAAAGUACAAAAAUACUUCAGCGUUUAUUUGUGCAGCUUUCUCCAAGUAAAACUCUAGCGCAAUAUCUGCAUACAUAAUGAUUGAUAAAUAUAUGUUAUUAUGUCAGUGGU